AGGGAGAGAGAGAGAAAGAGAGAAAGAGAGAAAGAGAAACGGAGAUCUCGGAGGGGUGGAAGGAGAGACACCGAUGGAAGCUUCUGCGGAAAACGGAGAAUCUACGGGAGUCAGUGCAAUUCGCGUCGCGACGGUCUUCACUCCCCCGAUCCGUACUCGAAGGGCCGACCGAGGGUGAAAGCAACGACGGGAAAACCUUCCAAACUAUAUCACGCGAAAUCAACCGUAUACCGUGCUUACUAUCUCGUCGCGUUCACCCUCUUCGUCACUCGCCUUUCGUGGUGGGUUUCGUCCAAAAAUUUGACUUUUAUUAAAAAACAAUUAUUUCGAGUCGUAUUCGAGUGCGAUUAUUCAUCGAAUUACACGGUAACCGCGAGUGCUAUAUUGGAGAAGUUGAACAAAAAGUUGUACAAAUAUUAAAGAAAUAUACAAGAUUUGUCGAUUCGUCUAUCCGAUCAUUUCAACAUUGUCGAUCGUCGUGCGUGAUAAAUCGUAAAUAUAGAUGUAAGACAUAGUUUAAUUGCUUCUUUCGAUGAAGAAUAAAAUAUUACGAGGGAAUAAUUUAUAAAUUCGAGUUUAGAUCAGAAAGGAAACAAGAGCGAUCUUUAUCCUUCACACCUAGUGACACAUCGCGUUUGCGUAUGCUCGCGAGUUCAGCAUUAUUGGAAAACUGCGACGAAGUACUUGAAGUAAAUUUAUAAGACACGGACUUUCCAUCCCGAGCGUUUCAUCUACCCCUCUCUUUCUCCAACAUCUCAUUCCUUUUCCCUUUGACGUUCCUCUUUCACUCUUUCACUUCGACCCUUGGCUUUCUUUAGAAGGCUCGCUUUUACCUUUCUGGAACUUCGCUCUCUUUCUUUCUACCCUUCAUUCUCAAGUUCUCGAUUAAAUUGCAUUCAAAACUCAAUUCUAACCAGGUAAUAAUAAUGAUCGGAAGCUCUUACAACAAUUAUGAAUGUAGAAACUUUGCGGGCGAACCUUUGAAAGUUAGUUUCUAUUCGACAUUCUGCUCCGUGAUCUUUCUCUCUCUCUCUCUCUGUCUCUCUCUCUCUCUCUCUCUCUCUCCCUCUUUCUCUUAAAUCUGGUAACUUUCAAUAAACGAGAACGAAUAAUGAAGUUUAUCUAUGGUCUCCGUGAAUCAAUCGACUGUUGAAUCGAAUUCUUUUACAUACAUAUGUACACCCGUGGAAAAAUAGUUCUUCGCUUUCACGAUUCGUAACCAUUGAUGAUUCAACACGCGUUGAAAUUAAUUGUCGCAUUUUCAAACGUGAACGCGAAUGUUUAAAGUCGUUAUACAUAUGCGUAAGCACGUUGUCUCGACAAACAGUGUAAUAUUUAAAUCAAACGUAUAUGUUCAUUCAAAACCGGAAUAUGAGUUUGAUGUCACGCAAUGAAAACGAUCGAAUGGAUAACAAUAACACCGUGACAAUGGACGACCUUUUCUGUAUUAAUAAACAUACCAGAUUGUGAUUGGAUAGUAUACUCUCAAAAGCGUGUUUAUCAACAGAGUCUGAUUUGGUCCUACACGUAAACACGGUCUUCUCAGAACGCCAGUAUAUUCUCUGUUAAUCAAUUUACGAGGACGUAUCUUCAAUCUCUCCCAAAUGUCUUCGAGGAGAACUUUGGAUAUAAUUAAAAGGCGUUCUCGUAAAGAAACUUGUAUCUUAAUCCCCAGGAUAGAAGUUGGCCUGCAUACGCGUAGGUGUAUAGAAGGAUUCAAUUAAUCAUAGAUACAAGUUUGAAGCGGUUCACGAACAAGAUGAUUGGUCCGUGAGAAGCCUCGAGGGAUAUUGCGAAGAGUACGAAAGGGGUGGCAGUAGACCAAUCCUCAAAGCCCCUUGGAAAAAGGUUUCCGUUUGAUCUGGGCAGCAAAGCCACCGAAUAACAAGGCAGGCAAUAGGAUAAAGACCGAGUGCGGAUGUAGUGAGUGCUUUCGAGAAGGGAGGAGAACGACUUAGAGACAGAAGAAAUAAGAUAAAGAGAAUUGGAAGAAGAAGAAGAAGAAGAAGAAAUAGAAGAAGAAGUUCUUGGUUCUUCUACGAUACGUAAUUUGACCUUAAGAAGAAGAAUACGUUGAAGAAAGUGGAAAAGAGAAAACGAAGAAAUCGAAAGGAUCUCUUAGUGUUUUAUGGAGGCUCUUGACGCCAAUGAUUUUGUCUUUAGAGAAUAGGAAGAGGAAAAGAAAGAAUAUAGUUCGGAGUUCAUGAACAAAUAAAACCUGUGAGAGGGUAAUGAAUGAAGGAGACCGUCCUGAUAGGAUGCAAAUUUUUCCUCGUAAAAUUUCGUACGAUGUAAAUCGAACGAUAAACUUUUUCCGCUUGUUAUUCUUGAUCAGUCAUCGAAUUGGAUCGUUGAAAUAAAAAAGAAAAAAAAAAAAGAAAGAAAAGAAAAGAAACUGUGCCGGGACGCGAUGUUAUCGUUGUUUUGAAGUUUCGCUGAAAGAUAAAAGGACGAGGCGGACAGGGUAGAGGGAUAUACGUGUAUACAUACAUACAAUUUACGUAUACACAAUAUAUACACACACACAUAUAUUAUAUAUUUAUAACGACAUACGUGAUAUCGUGUACUACUUAGGUCGUUAUUUCGACGUAGAACGCUCGACGUAGUGACGCGCGAUUACGUUGUGCUUCUAGAAGUUGAAAGGAAAAAGAAGAGGAGUAAAAAAGAAAAAGUGAAGAAGGAAAGCAGCGUGCGAGGAGCCAAGAAAGAUGAUAUUGAGGCGGAGGACUGAUUGAAGGAGGAGAGAGAGAGAGAGAGAGAGGAGAAAUGGCGACGAGCGAGGGUACUAGUGUAACGAGUGUGGCGCGUUGGGGUUUAUGGUUUGGUGCCGUACUCCUCGCAACGACAUCCUUGGUCUAUUCUCAGGUCACGUGGACGCCGAUCUACGUUGGCGGACACAGCGGAUCCGAAAGGAAGGUGGACCUUUGGACGCAAAGCACAACAGGCUGUGCUUGCAGCUUCAAUUCAUCUAGCAACGAAUGCGCUUGUUGCGUACCCUCCGGUGGUUGCAGCUGCGGCACAGCUUCGCCCAACAGGUGCGCUCAAUGUGGCCUCGAGCAACACUGCGCCAACAUGUGCAAUAUAACGCUGGAUAGCAGAUUGUUAUUCAGUAAAUCGGAUCGUGGUUUUGGACAAAUAAAAUCGCCCUAUCUCGAAGGUCCUUCAAGGUGUACGUAUAGAUUCGUCCCGGAUACUGGACAGAGAGUCGAAUUACAAAUCUAUCGUCUAGUUUCCAUCGGACGUCACAACGGCUCCGCGUGCCAGGGUGGCUGGCUUCAAUUCGAGGGUGGAGCUCGAGUCUGCGGUCGCAACAAACGAUUCGACCGACCGGUCGUCCUCUUUUCCGACAAGCCGGUCGCGACCCUUCACAUGCAAAUAAACGAGAACACGACGAGGUCCCAAUUCUUGGCAUACUUCAGUUUCUCAUCCAAAGCUAGUACGUCCGUUGGCUGGCCGGUAAAAGGUGGACAUCCAGUUAACAAUACAGAAUGCGACUGGGUUUAUGAGAACACUGAUUGUCACGACGGAUGCGUUCUAGCUAGUCCCGGAUAUCCUGGCCUAUAUCCGCCGAACAUCCGGUGCCGGUAUCUCAUAACUUCUGGUCCACGAGUCUCCAUCGCCAUCAACUUUACCGCCGUGCUACUUCCGCACAAUCACUGCACGAGCGACUACAUUGCCGUUUAUUCGGGCCCAACGACCUCGAGUCCGCUCCUGAAAAUGCUCUGUGGCAAGGAGAAAGCGUCGAUGAUGUAUAAUGGGCAAGAAGUGCUCGUCGAAUUUAGAGCUGGUCCAGAAGUAUCUCCAUUCGACUAUAAUGGUUUCGUAGCGACGAUAAAUUUCAUCGAAAUCACGACCGAAAUACCUAACACGAUUACCGCAGAGCCGAUCAAUAAAAGUUUGGAUAUCAUGAAAUCGGCUGGUAGUAACUAUUACAACGUGAGAUAUAACAAUCGUGACACUGACGAGCACCGUAAGGAUCAAGGAUCCUCAACGGGAUAUAGUUGCGACCUUGAAGUAAAUGGGGAGAAAGUUCGUUCAGGUCAUCACGACACCAGAGGGAAGAUCAAGUCAACGACCUGCCGACUCGUCCUCCGGGGUGGUACUUAUCAUACUGGACACGUCUCGUUGACCAGUUAUAAUCUCAGCGCGCAAUCGUGUCAAUCGAUGAUCGAGAUAUUCGACGGUAUACCGGAAGGAGGAAUGGCGAACAUGGUGAAGUCCCUCGUGCGAAUUUGCAGUCCGGCGCAAAGGCUACCACGAGAAUUUGCUCAACGAGAUGAAUACGUCGAACCAAAGCGAUACUCGUCCAACGGUAGAGACAUGACGGUGGUCUUAAGACGAGCCACAAACAGCACUACUGAUGAAGAAUACAUGGACGUCUCUUAUUAUUUUCACAACGAACGCGAAGGCGGUACCCAACAACCCGGAAGCUUAUGCGACGUCGAAUAUUAUGGAUUAACUUCAUUGGAGGAAGGUACCGUGGUACAUCCAGAACCGCAUCGAUUGUUCGCCGUAGAGGGCCCAGCAAAAUGCAAACAACAUUUUAUUCCAGCGACCAAUCAGUCGGUCAUCAUAACCGUGGAAAGCAGUUCAAAACAGAUAUCGAAUAAUCUCUGCGAAACGAAAUGCGGUGACAGUGGAUGUCAUUGCGUCAGUAAUAAAUCAUUGGAGAAUAUGGAUCAUCUUCUGCUCGUCUCUGAAACUGGUCAUGUCGUCACCUGUCUCUGCGGAAACUAUCAGGAUUGGCUGCCAGUAGGAAUACGAAGUUGGACACCGGUUUAUAUCGAAUGGUCGAGAUUUUCGAUGGGAGGUCUGAAUUUUCGUGCAGCUUAUAAGUUCGUCAAGGAUACUUAUUGCGGUGAUCAUACCACGAGAAAACUUGAAGGUGAGGUGAACGGUGGCGACCUAGCGAAAGCUGGCUUAAAGCUCAAUCAGUAUUAUCAGCAGAAGUGUACUUGGAUCUUAGAAUCUCUGAACGAUCGACAGCUUACCAUCGAGGUGAAGUCUAAUCAGAGCAGACCAUGUACGGCAUGGAAUCUCACCAUACAUAAGUACAACGAAAACGGCGAUCCCGCGGGAGAAAGAUUGCACACAUUUUGCUCGAGGGACGUGCACAAAAAUUUCACGCUACCUUGGAAGGAGAAUACCGCUGUAGUUAGAUUACAAGCCUUGGGUAGAACAGCGCCUCAAUAUACCAUGAAGUGGAGAAGCCAUACUGUUAUCGCAAAUACCCGACAAAGUGGACCAUCACCAGCCCCGAAUCAUAUUAGCGAUUCCUCGAUUAAUAUUAAGCCAAAAAAGAAAAUUAUUUUCACCUUCCUCAUGAUAUUAUUGAUCUAUUCGAUCGAUUGUUGAGGACUUUCUAUUCCUUGACUAAUCAUCUACACGUUCCUGUUAAUUAAACGAGCCUAAUUUUACGUUGUGUAUAUAAAAUAUGUCGAUAAAGAGAAAGAAAUGACUGAGCGUUAACGUUCAACCUGAAGUAACUUUGACAAUUCAAAAAAAAAGAGAGAGAGAGAGAGAGAGAGAGUUAAUCAAGUCACCAUGAUAUAUGAGAUUUUGCAAAAGUCGACUAUAUUAUCACUUUUUACAAAGAAAUUAUUGUCGAAUCUAUCGGCAAAUAUAUACCGAUAUAAUCUGUUUCGUAAACUUUAUUUUACCGAGAAUAACCAUUUUUUUUUUUUAACAAGAAUAAAGAAAUACCUUAAAUAACAAGUAAACCCGUAUUCGCACGUAUACCCGUAUAGGACUUAAAUUUGCCAAAAUCGUUUGCUACAAUAAUAAUAAAAAAAAAAAAAAUGAAUGAAAUAAAGAAAAGAAAAGAAGAAAAAAAUGAUUUAGAUAACGUGGAUAGAUUCGUAAAAAAAUUCUUUGUAAUAUUGUCGGUAAAUUAAUUGAUACGACAUACACACACGUAGAAGUUCUCAUAAUAUAAAAUCACAUUAAAGAAAGAAGAUAAGAAGAUGGCAGCGUCUCGUAAAAUCGACUAUCUUGUAAAACUAAAAGCUAUAUCAAGCUCGAAGUCACACAGUGAGUGUAAAUAUUAUAUAUAUAUAUAUAUAUAUACAUAUAUAUACAUAUAUACAUACAUAUACAAAUAUACAUAUACAUAUAUAUAUAUAGAAAAUUGAUUUGCAACAAAGGCGAUGCACGGAUUUGAAUUAUCGAAAAACACACACGUCAUUCUCUAUAGCGCGAAUGCCAAAUUAGACGCGUAAGAAAAAGAAAAAGAAAAAGAAAAAAGAAAAAAGAAAAAAGAAAAAGAAAAAAGAAAGAAGGGAUAUAUAAGGAGUUUUGUAAAUACGUCAUAAACUUAAUAGGAUUUGUACAGAAUAAAACGAAUUAUAUAAGUCGCCGGAAAAUUAUUAUAUGUAAGAUAUAUAUAUAUAUAUAUUAUUAUAUAUAUAUACUUAUAAGACAUUGAUAUUUAUAACAACACGCGAUUCUAUGGAUAAAAGAAAUGGAACAAAUGUAUUUUAACGAACGAGCUUUAUACCCGAGGCACCUUCGAAUUUAUUGUUACAUAUAUGUUGUGCUAAUCGACACAUGAUUAUCACAUCUUCCUACGCAAAAUUCGUUUCUAGUAUAGAAAUCUUAGUAUGAGCGAUCAUAUCGAUAGCAACAAAACGUUCUUGUUGCAAUUAUGCAUUUAUAAUUGUUAUAUAAUUCAAUGAAUCUUUUAUGUCUUCGUUAUUCUUUGACAAUGGGUCAUUGACAGAAAAAAAGAUUUCUUACACAAAGUGCUACUUAAAUACGUCAUUAGCAAGAACAUAUGUUAAAGCUUAUAACAGAAGAAAAGAAAAAGAGUAUUUAACGAUAUUCAAAUACAAUAUUAACAGUUUAAUACGCGGCUACAAGGAAAAAGAUAAGAGAAAAAAGACAAAAGAAGAGAAGAAGAAAAAAGAUUAUAAAAUCAUCUUACGCUAUCCGUCUAAAACGCGUUAGGAAAAUAAAACGAAAUAAUUUCAAGUAACCCAUCGAUCUCAUUACCGUAAUAUCUAUAAGAUUUACAUUAAUAGGAAUGCUCAUUAAUUUCAUAGCACUGAGAUUAAAUUUUGAUGAUUGUACACUUUUUUAGAAUACCUUUCUUAUCUACGCGGCCUAUAAAGAAUAUAGUAACUUCCAUCCUUCCAUAUCUUUUUGCAGAAAUUUUUGCUAUCUAUAACGCAUACCGAAUUUAUUUUUUAACGUAAGAUUUCGUUGUAAAAACUUCAUGAAGACUGACUAGUUUUCGAUGUACCCCAUUUAAUAUAUACAUACGUUUAUGUCCCAAUUAGUAAUUGCGAAUGAAUUUUUUCGAGUGUUGUAAAAUAAAAAGACAAAAAAAAAUUGAAAAGAAUAAGAAAAAAAAAAAGAAA